AUGGGCCUACAUCCAGCUGAGCUUAUUCCUUCUAACCUCACUCUGACGGAUGAAGAUCGGUACCAGAAGACCACUGGGACGGCGGCGGCCCAGCUACGAUCUCACCUCAAGACCGUCCUUUCAGAACUUCUGCUCAGUAUGCCUGCACUAGCAGCCUUUGUCCGUCGGAUCGACCCUACGGAGCUGGCGGCGGGAUCGCCUCACCUACCACCGGAUGGCUGGGCCCUCGCAUAUGUUUCCAAUCUCGAGGGCUAUCUACGGGAUGAACUAGCGACUCCCCUGUGGUUGCGCAUAAAACGCAAAGCGUGGCAGCUCGUUGUCCGCCUUCUCUCUUAUCUGGAGGAGUUCUUUGCCGACCCAAUCGGCUUCCUCCUAUCCAGCACCCUGCUCAUUGCUGUCUUUUUCGGCUAUUCACUUUAUCGAGUAGCCAAGGAUGUACUGUUCGAGGGCGUGGACCGGACGGCGGUAAGUGGCCGAAAGUCCUCUUCGCCAAGAGAACGAUCUGCUACUUCGACUACUAGAGUGCCCGAACGGUUUGUGGAAAACUCCCAGAGGCAACUGGUUUCGCUAACUCCGUCAACCUACGAUGGCCUUGUAAGACAUGCGCCAUCGGGAAAAAUGACCCUUAUUCUUUGCACGGAUUCUUCACCAAUGGGCAACCGUCUCGCUAAUCACUUCUCUGAGAUUGUCUUCAAAUUGACUGAUGAGACACUCGUGGCAGCGCGCCUCUCCGUGGACCGCUAUCCUCGUUGGUUGGGCUGGAUCCUUGAGUCGGCUACAAACAUACCCUUUCGGCCUCAAAACGAAGCUGAGGAGACUUACAACCGCACCACCCUUACCUUCAAUCCAGCAAAUUGUCGAGGCACUGUAUUGGCAGUAAACAGUCGUCGACGCUACUUCAGCGUCUAUCAUCCUCUGCUUCCCGGCUCUGGACCGCGUGCUGACUCGGAGGCUGAGGAUGACGAAGAGAAUGUAGAAAACUUGGUUCCAAUACGUGGCUCUAACCGUGACGCUCUGCGUUAUCGCAAUUUCAACAAACUCCUCAAUCUUGAGGACGACGACGUCGAUGACGAGGACUUUGAAGAAAGUAGCGAUGCCUCGCAGUCUUCCCCCCGCCAGCACUCACCCCAAGGUCCUCUGCUUGAACAAGAGCUUCUACAUGGCCUAUGUGUCUGGCUUGACCGUCUGUUUGAAGGCUCGCUUCGGCGUUACCAUGUGAGGGAUUGGCCGACGAAUCUGGUCAUAACAGGCCAAGUGGAAGAUGACGGAGUUUAG